UUGACCUACUAACGGAAUGGGCAGCUGAUGGCAAUGCAACAGAUCUAAUUCUAAUUGUGACUGUCGCAAAGGUACUGGAUUGUAGAGCAGGGGAAGCUUGCUGAGUGAUCUGAGGAGCGUUGCCUAGUAGGGUGGAUAAAUGGCUGGCUCACAAACAGGUUGUUGGAUUGGGAGGAUGUGUCAGGUGGCUCAGGAUUCACAUACUUGUCUAAUGACCUUGAAGGCUAACUAUGUUUCUGGCACUCUCCAAGCAAGGCGGUGUAGUAAACAUAGAUGAUCUAUUUAAAAUACGAGGAGGGGAGACACUGCAGCGACACCCCAUUCGGAGCAAGGAGAUAAGGUUUGGUGGGAAGGAGUGAGCCAGGGAAAGAACAACUCUCAGCGGAGACGUAGGUUUAGAGUCAUCCAGAGCUCCACUCCCAAGGAGAAUGAGGAUGAUGUGUGGGCAACAAACUGACUGCAUCCCACCGCUUCUCUUCUGGAAAGCCUAGAUACUGCUGUGAGAAGCUGACCUCGUUUCAUGGUGCACCUGGGCUGCUCAGCCCUUCCUGCAGAGGAGACAUCUGCUGGUCCUUCUUUGGCUCUUACCUGCGUUUCUAAACUGGCUUUUGCAGUAACAGCUCUGUGAUGAACGUGACCUCUAGAUUAGCAUCUGAUGAGCUUUGCAUGCCUCAGACUCAUUGAGUCAUGCAACACCCUCUGAAGUAGGGGAAGGAAGAGUGGGAUUGUAAAGCUCCACCCUGCGGAAGUGCUGCCAUCUCGGCUUUGGAAUGAGGGGACAGAUAUCCGGAACUGGAGGGUCGUGUCCACCCGUCUGUUACAGACAAGCUGUUGCGGCCAAUCCAAACACAGGCCUGUUCAAAUCGCACUGUGUAUCUCUCUGCUGUGAAAUAUCCCCAGUGGAUGACUUCCAAAGCCGUACAGGCCAACCCGUAAACAGAGCAACAAGGCAACAGUGAUAAACACAGAGGGAGUCUCUAGGGGCAGGUGGAGAGACGAGGUAACUGGAGUCCCUGAGUAAACACCUGCCUGGCUGGAGGCGUGCGGCGAUUAAGAGGACAGCCCUCAGGACUAAUGGUGUUUGAGGUGCAGGUGGUGAAAGCCGCAGGAACUGCCACCUUGCCACUCUGCAGAGCUAGUUUAGGACCUGGGAAAUUGAGCUCAGCAUUUGAACGCAUGGCAGACUCGGGAAAUGCUCAGGAUUCAUGUGAGGUGACCAGCAGUGGCCGCAAUGAGAGCAAUAGCCACCGGGUGGCGCCUCACCUGCUGAUAAAAAUGAUCAACAAGUUCCGAUGGAAGGUGAUCUUAGGGCUGGCGUUCUUUCUGGUGAUGGCCUGGUACUAUAUAUCCCGCGAAGAAAGGUACAUACAUCUUUUUUCUUUCCCCGUGCAAGAUGUCCGAAUGGCGUGUCCCCAAGGAGAGAUGGAAAAGAAAGUCACGCUGCUCAUAGGAAAUUACACACGGGAUCAUCCAAUGUUUUUACACCUAAACGAUUACUUUUGGGUGAAGAACCGGUCGCCAUAUGAGCUGCCAUAUGGGACUAAAGGAAGCGAAGACAUUCUCCUCCGGGUGUUAGCGAUCACCAGCUACUCAGUGCCCGAAAGCAUCCAAAGCAUGAAGUGCCGAAGAUGUGCAGUGGUGGGGAAUGGACACCGGCUCCGAAACAGCUCCAUGGGGGAAGCAAUCAACAAAUAUGACGUGGUGAUCAGGUUGAACAAUGCGCCAGUUCAUGGGUACGAGGCGGACGUGGGCUCCAAAACCACCAUGCGCCUGUUUUACCCAGAGUCCGCGCACUUCGACCCCAGACGGGAGAACAACCCGGAUACUCUGCUGGUGCUGGUGCCAUUUAAACCCAUGGAUUUCCAGUGGCUGGAGAUGAUCCUCAAUGACAAGAAGCGAAUUCGCAAGGGGUUCUGGAAGCAACCCCCUUUAAUCUGGGACGCCAAUCCCGAGCAAGUGCGGAUUCUGAACCCUUACUUUAUGGAAAUUACUGCUGCUAAAUUGCUUAAUCUUUCCAUGAAGCAACCGCGGAAGAUUAAACAGAAACCAACGACGGGAUUAUUAGCCAUCACCUUGGCAUUGCACUUCUGUGACCUGGUACAUAUCGCAGGCUUUGGAUACCCUAAUUCUGCCAAUAAGAAACAGAGUAUACACUACUAUGAGCAAAUCACACUCAAGUCAAUGGCCGCAUCGGAGCACAAUGUCUCGCAUGAGGCAUUAGCAAUAAAAAGGAUGCUUGAAUUAGGUGUCGUCAAGAACCUUACGCACUUCUGAUGGGACGUGGACUAGAAUUUCCCUGAAUUGCCAUGGCCUCCACCUUGGCUGCCUGUCACCCAGCAUGUCCCAGCAUCCACCGGGCCGGAGACACCACUGCUUCGCCGCAGGGCCCCAAGUGCGCCCCCUGCUCGUGGUGGGGGCUGGCUGCUGGGGACAGCGCUGGUCCUGGAGAAAGUAGACAGAGGGGAGAGGGCUGCGGAGUCCCGCUCGGCCAGACUGAGGUGGCUUUCGGCCACGUCGUGUCAAGGCUCAGAAGCAGAGCAUCUGAAAUCCUUCCAGUCGUGGGGUGGCUGGAUCCCUUUGUGGCCAAGCCAACGCUGACUUGCCAGCCUUCAGGGCGGCGCAGAGGGUGACCCCCGUGGGAGGGGCCCUUGUGGCUUGCUGCUGCGCCCAUCUCUUUGGCCUGUCUGCUCCACAUAGGGGACAGGGGUUGUUUGGCGCACUCUUGAACUGAACCCUGGACAGCGGAAGAAUUGUCAACUUCUCGCCAGAUCGGUUUGCUCUCAGUCUGAAUGAGGCAGCGGGACUGGUUUGACACCCCCCCCCCCAUUACCCCUUCCCGGGGUGGGGCUGGCUCUGGGGGUGCGGCACAUGGGAAUGCUGCUGUAGAUGGAAGCUGUAAUGGUGUCCUUUUUUAAACAUUUAUUGGGGGGGAGGGGUACCAUGCAGUAUUUUGCUGAUGGGGUUUAGACCGACACCCCCCCCCCAGUGCUGCUUCCCAGUGGGAAUGGGGAGCUGGCGAUCAAAGUGGGGGCAGGGAGGCAGAGUGGUGGGAGCAUUAAAUUAUUCUUGACUGACAGAGCACAGCUGCCUGCCCCCCCCCCCCACUGCAGUGAAGGGGAGGACUUUGAAUUCUGUUCUGUAAGAUGGCCUAGCAUGGGGAGCUAAGGUUGGGAGGAGGAAUCGUGGCCGCUCCAGGAAUGAGCUGCCCCCAGGGCCGCCUCCGCUGUGGGGCAGAGAUUGGUCCGGGGAUGCCCUCUGCUCGGCCGCACUCAAGGAACUGAAGUGGGAAUAAAUAGAGUUUUCUUUUCCUUUUUUAAAAACUUUUGAUCAAAGUCUGUUUUGUUCCCCCCACCCCCCUUCAAUUGCAAGUGCAUUUCUUGCAGGGAAGAGGGGCCAGACUGACAACCUGGGGAUUGCAGCCCUCAGUUUAUCCAUAAAACAGGUACCACCAUGGUACCAGGAACAACCCCUUCAGGGAGGCUAGGCCCCAGCCCCGCCCCUUCCUCCCGAGGCCUCCCCCUGCUCCCCUUCCCCAGUCCUCACCCACUAGAUCCCCAAGCAUGCCUCACCACCAACCACAGCCGGAAGAGCCUCAGCCGCACCGCCCUGACCCACCAGCCCGAGCUGAGCCCCUGGCGGCUUCAGGGAGAGGGGAAGCCCCGUCCAGGGGGCGGCUCGUGGGCAAGGUCACGGCCUGCGUUAGGGGAGGCUUAGCCUCCCCUGGCUUAUGACACCCACCACCCAUUGGGUACCAGACAGGCUCCCAACCAACGUGUCUUGGUCCUAAACUUGCAGGGCUGAGAUGGGAGGUGAGUCUCCACAGCCCGCCCUGCAAGCCGUCUCCUCUCCGCUGAGACUCCCAGCGUUCGGGCUCUGGGCACACGUUCCCUGGGAGCCGGUCCUUGAGAUCCUGCAGCGGGGCUGGGGGCAUGCAUGCUGCUAAAGCCCAGAUCUCUCACUGGGGUGGGAGAAUAGGGGGAAAGGUUCUUCUUCAAGGUGCUGACCCAAAGGGGCUUGGACUCGGUGGGACAGAGCAGAAAUGUCUCUCCUGAGCAGGCAGUGCUGUGGCUCAAUGCUAGUUAAUUUAACUAAUUUAAAUGAUUAUUUAUCUGAGACGCGUCGGUGUCUGUUGCAGAACGAGUGUAACGUUGUUUCCAUUGAAUUGCCCUGUGGGGCAGCUAAGGAGCAGUGGGGUUGAAACUGUAUCAUCCUUCUGCUUUGCCUGAAGGGGGAGUGACCUUUGGGGAUACUCCCUCCUAACCCAGCUCCAAUGCAGGGCAAGUACUCAGCCCCUUCUAAUCCUCCAUAGUGGCCCAGGCUUGGGGUAGCAGCUUUGCGCCCCGGGUGUCUGUAGGGCUUUGACUUCAUCACUAAGCAUCUAACCCCACUGACGGACUCCCGUUGACUUAGUGAGUGCUGGAUCGGGGCCCAAAGCUCUUUGUACCACUGCACCCCUUCUCCCUUGUAGCACAGUCAGGCAUGUGUAACAUGGCUGGUACCACUAGGGGGCAUGGCUAGGGAAUGAAGGGGUGUGUGUGUUUGUGUGUGUGUGUGUGUUGUGUCCAUCCUUGCUGGAGGUGUGUGUUUGUCUGCCCAUCCCUGCUGCCCCCUGCUGGACGGGUGUGUGUGUGUGUCCAUCCCUGCCCCCUCUGCUGAAGGGGUGUGUGUGUGUCUCCCUCCCCAUCCCUGCUGGAGGGGUGUGUGUGUGUGUGUGUCCGUUCCUGCUGUCCCCUGCUGAAGGGGUUGGUGUGUCUGUCUGUCCGUCCGUCCCUGCUGCCCCCUGCUGGAGGGGUGUGUGUGUGUGUGCCAAUCCCUGCUGGGUGUGUGUCCCUGUGCCUGCUGGAGGGGUGUGUCUGUCUGUCUGUCUGUCCGUCCCUCCCUGCUGGAGGGCUGUGUGU